AAACAACAUCUCUGGAGCCUAAAAGCUGACGUUUCUGACCUAGACCCCCUUCCAGCUCCCACAGUACCAACAGUAAAGUGGAAGGGGGUCCUGCUAACUAUUGAACCCCUUUUAUACCCCAGUGACGCACAGAAAUGAAUUUUCUCACCCACUACGUUCUCUGAAGAAAGGCCGAGACGGGAUCGGGGUCGUUUGUCGCUCCGGCCGAUGGCGCAGAGCAGGCCAGGCCGGACCCGAUGCCGACGUGCGGGAUCUCGGUGGCUGUUGUUCUGUGGCUCCUUGUGUGGCAUCUGGGCGCAGCGGCUCCAGGUCCAAUAAAUGUGAACGGUGACCAGAUUUUGAGAUCUGUAGGCGAUGAUACCCUGCUUCCAUGUACAAUUGACACUGAGCAAACUAUCUCUCAAUUCAUGUGGCGACACAGGCGUGGUCAACAGCAACGGAACUUUUUCACAGCAUCUUUCAGAAACGGAAAGACUGAAACCUUAGAUGAUACGUUUGAUGACAGAAUGACCUACGUUGGGACAAGUUCCAAAAAUGCAUCAAUGUAUCUGAGAAAUAUUACACUGAGUGAUGAGGGGACAUACAGCUGUAUUUUCACCUUAUUCCCAGCAGGGCCUGUUGAAACAGAUUUGCAGCUGAUCGUAACUGCUCCUCCAGCUGUUACAAUCCAAACGUAUCCAGUUUUUUCUCUGAUCGACUGCAGUAGACGCCUUAUUGUCACCUGUAUCGCAGCAAAUGCAAAACCAGCCGCAGGUAUCACUUGGGAAGUUCCUUUCAAUAUACGUGCCAAUCAAAAUACUGGGCAUCCUGCUGCGAAUGGGACUGUGACCGUCUCCAGCCAGUUUCAUCUGUGUCCAAAUAAAUCACUUUAUGGGCAGAAUAUUGUCUGUGUUGUGGAACAUCCAGCCCUCAGAGCUUCAAAACGAGUUUCUUAUCGCCUGAAUAUUGACUACAUAUCAUCAGUUUUAAUUAAACCUCAGAAGAAUGAAGAUGGCUACUUAUACCUGAUUUGUGCUGCAGAUGCUAACCCACCUCCUACUGAAUACAUCUGGACAAAGCUUAAUGACUCUAUUCCGGAAGGUGUAAUAAUACAACACGACCGAAUUAAAUUGCCGAAGUUGACCCCAGAACCUUAUGGGUAUUAUACUUGUGCAGCAAGCAACAUAGCUGGGACUGCGUCAGGAUCCAUUUAUUUGUUUCCACUUGCAGAUGAUCAGAAGGAACGUCAUUACAUGGUGCCCUUUAUCGUCAUAAUCCUGAUGCUCAUAAUUCUGCUCAGCACUUUUGGCUAUUUUUAUCAAAGAUUAAGAAGGAAAAAUCAACAAAGAAGCAUUGGCAAAGAAACAUCCUCAAAAAUGAUGCCUUCACGAAGUUCCUGUGACCCCAGAACACAACAUUCUGAGGUGGAAGAGCAAGUGCAAGUGGAGGAAGAUGAACCAGAUAUUCACUCUGAAGAGACUGUUUGAAUUCUGCAUUGAUACCUUUGAGCUGCAGGGAUCCCAAGCGGAAUAUGAUUUUGCUGUUCCUGCAACCUUCAGGUGGCAUCGUUGUGGCACUGCAGGAGGCCCAGGAUGGACAUGUUGUCUAAGGAAUGGGAGGGGGUGCUGAAAUGGUUUGUAACUGGGAGGUGCAGUUGUUUAGUGUGAACUGAGCGGAGGUGUUCUGCAAAGCUGUUCCCAAACGUCCACUUGGUUUCCGUAAUGUAGAGGAGGCCACAAUGGGAACAGGAGCACAAAAGCUGACGUUUCGGGCCUUGACGCUUCAUCAGAAAAGGGGGAGAGGGGGAGGCGGUUCGAAGAUGGAUAGAGGAAAGAUAGGCGGAGAGGAGACAGGCAGGUCAAACAAGCCGGGAUAGAGCCAGUAAAGGUGAGGGGAGAUGGGGAGGAGAUAGGUCAGUCCAGGGAGGACAGACAGGUUAAGAGGGCGGAAUGAGGUUGCUUCAUCAAUCUUCCAUCCGUCAUAAUGUCAGAUGUAGGAAUGUCUGCCAAUGAUUGCACAGUGUUCAGCACCAUUCAUGACUUCUCAAAUACUGAAGUAGCCCAUGUCCAAACGCAGCAAGACUUGAACAAGGCUUGGGUUAAAAAGUUGCAAGUUACAUUCACUGCACUCAAAAACCAGGUAAAAACCAUCUACAACAGGACAGCAUCUAGCCACCACCCCUUAACAUAUCUGCCAAUUUCUUUAACUCUGGCUUGCUACAGUGUUCCAGUGAAGCCCAAUGCAAACUGGAGGAACGACACCUCAUUUUCCGCUUGAGAACCUUACAGCCCUCCGGACUCUAUAUGGAGUUCAGUAAUUUUAGGGCCUAAACUCUCUCAUGUCUCAGCGCCCCCCCACCUCCCCCCAUCUCACAUGCCAGGCCUUGUUACCACAUACUCCCCUGUUGUUAGUCACUGAAAGUCUUCAUUAACAACUAUUCACUCUCCCAGAAAUAGUAGGAACUGCAGAUGCUGGAGAAUCCGAGAAAGCAAAGUGUAGAGCUGGAUGAACACAGCAGGCCAAGCAGCACGGGAGCAGGAAAGCUGACGUUUCGGACAUAGGGUCUAGGCCUGAAACGUCAGCCUUCCUGCUCCUGCGAUGCUGCUCGGCCUGCAGUGUUCAUCCAGCUCUACACCUUAUUCACACUCCCAGCCUGAUAGUUAGCAACUCCUUUGUCUGUCCAACUGUCUUUCUCUCUCUUUGGCCUCUAUUUUAUUGUUUAUUCUCUACCUCACCCACCUCCCUAUUUUCUGCAUAUAAACUGAUGAUUUCCCAGCCACCAUCAGUUCUGAGGAAGGGUCACUGGGCCUGAAACGUUAACUGUAUAUUCUCCUUCACAGACGCUGGCAGACCUGCUGAGCUUUUCCAGCAACUUUGUUUUUGUUCCUGAUUUACAGUAUCCACAGUUCUUUUGGUUUUAUAACCCUUAACAUAUAACAGCGAUACUAUCACUGAAUCCCGUAUUAUCAUCAUCCUGGGCAUUACGAUUGACCAGAAACUCAACUAGACUCACCAUACACAUAUCGCAGCUACGAGAUCAGAUCAGGGAUAUUCGGAAUACUGCUCUAAGUAACUCACUUCCUGACUCCCAAAGCCUGCCCCGAGGCUUAAGUCAGAAGUAUGAUGGGAUACACCACAUUUGCCUGGAUCAGGGUAGCUCUAACAACACUCAAGAAAUUUGACACCAUCCUCUACAAAGAAGCCCACCUUAUUGGCACCACUUCCACAAUUAUUUACUCCCUCCACCAUCAACAUUCAAUGGUAACAGUGUGUACUGUCUCCAAGAUGCACUGCAGAAAUUCACCAAUAAUCAGUUAGACAGAAUCGAACAAACCCACAACCACCACACAUGGAAGGACAAGGGCAGCAGAUAUAUAGGGACUCUACACCAGCCUAUCCUCCAGAACCUCCGGGAGCCUGUCUGCAAACCCAGUUUCUUCCUUUCUGCCACGUCUGGGGCAAAUGUCAUGAAUUGAGCAGCGUAGCUCUGAAUUGACAGUGCAUGUCUAGGUGCUUAAGAGCCUUUAAAGUUGCUGUGGGCAUCAUGGAGACAGUACACAUUGUUACCAUUGAAUGUUGAUGGUGGAGGGAGUAAAUAAUUGUAGAAGUGGUGCCAAUAAGGUGGGCUUCUUUGUAGAGGAUGGUGUCAAAUUUCUUGAGAGCUGGACAACUAUAAAUUCCCCUCCAAAGUAUUCACCAUCCUGACUUGGAAACAUAUUGCUGUUCCUUUAGUGUCGCUAGAUCAAAAUCCUGGAAUUCCUUCCCUCUUGGAAUUGUGGGUCCACCUACAGCAAACAGCACAUGGAUUGCAGGGGUUUGAGAAGGCAGUUCACAAUAGUAAUUGAGGAAGGGAGGUAUAAUGUUCAGUAUGAUUUCAGUAUGAAUGUUCAGUAUAAUUUCCCGGUUUUAUACCAAAUACUGCUAAUUAUGAAGCCCAUUUUCCAUAUGUUUUGCUAACCACUUAAAACACUUAGUACUUUCAGGAUUUUAGGCCCCCUGUCCUGAACUUUCUGUAAAAUUGCACCAUUAUCUCGAUGUUGCCCCAUCAUUUGGACUCUGCCAUAACAUAUUUCCUCACCAAUUCCAUUUGCCACUUGUAUCCCCAUUUUCUUCCCCUAUCCAUGCCCUUUUGCAAUAGGUAUCAUCCUGCACUAUGCACUACGUGCUUGGUAUUACUGGAAAAUUUUGAAAUUCCACCCUAUAUUCCAACAUCCAAGACAUAGAGUCAUAGAGAAACAUAGCAUGGAAACAGAUCUUUUGAUCCAACUGGUCCAUGCUGACCAGAUAUCCUAAAUAAAUCUAGCCCCAUUUUCUAGCAUUUGGCCAUAUCACUCUAAACCCGUCCUAUUCAUAUUACCCAUCCAGAUUCAUUUUAGAUGUUGUAAUUGUACCAGCCUCCACCACCUCUGCCAGUUCAUUCCAUAUACAAACCACCUUCUAUGUGAAAAAGUUGCCCCUUAGGUCCCUUUCAAAUCUUUCCCUUCUCAGCUAAAACCUAUGCCCUCUAGUUUUGGACUCCCUCACCCCAGGGAAUAGAUCUUGACUAUUCAUCUUAUCCAUGCCCCUCAAGAUUUUAUAAACCUUUAUAAGGUCAACCCUUAGUCUCCGGUGCUCCAGGGAAAAUAGCCCCAGCCUAUUCAGCCUUUCCUUGUAGCUCAAACCCUCCAACCCUGGCAGCAUCCUUGUAAAUCUUUUCUGAAUCCUUUCAAGUUUCACAGUAUCUUUCCAAAAGCAGCUUGACCAAUGUCCUGUGCAUUUCUUUCAUCGAUACUCUAAAUCAUCAAAAAAUGUGAUCAAACUCAUCAAGCAUGAUUGCCCUUUUACAAAGUCUUUUUUGCAAAUUAACCUUGGACAAUAUAAUUGUUUACCAUUCACCAAUCUGAAAAAACAAUUAUUUACCAGUUGUUUUCAUCCAGCCAGCCCUGGCCCUCUAAUUCCAUGAGCCUGAAUUUUGAUGUUCAGACUUUGCCAGUUACAUGUUUGAAAGUCAUAUACACAAGUUCCUUGUGCAUUCCUUUCAUCCAUACUCUCAGUUACUUCGUCCAAAAAUGUGAUUAAACUCAUCAAGCAUGAUCGCCCUUUUACCAAAAACGGUCAUUUGCUUUGAACAAUAUAUCUGAGUUGAAUACUGUUAUAUUUUGGUAUUUUGGUAAACUGAGUUUCAUGAAAAGUUUCUGUCCAUCAGGUCUAUUGAGUUUUCUCACACUAUCAUCCCAAACUCAGCUCAUUAAUUACUCACAACAUGCCUAUGUUCGUCUUUCUCAUCCUUAACUAGUUGGAUUCUACUACUCACCAUUCCCAGAAGAAUUUACCACUGGGGAUAUUCUGGAAUAUACUGGCAUCCAUGAUGCCCACAGCAACUUUAAAGGCUCUUAAGCACCUAGACAUGCACUGUCAAUUCAGAGCUACCCUGCUCAAUUCAUGACAUUUGCCCCAGACAUGGCAGAAAGGAAGAAACUGGGUUUGCAGACAGGCUCCCGGAGGUUCUGGAGGAUAGGCUGGUGUAGCGCAGGAUGUUCUCUUCCUGCACCAAUGGCAGAGAAUACCAUGCCAUCAGACCCUGCCAGCUUGAUCUGAAGUCGCCAUCUGGGUCAUUGCAAUCUCAGCCAUCUGGAGAAAUAUCCAACAAGGGAAUUAAGAAAAACCAAAAGUACUGCGGAUGCUAUAAAUCAAGAACAAAAACCAAGUUGCUGGAAAAGCUCAGGUGGUCGGCAACAUCUGUGAAGGAGAAAACAGAAUUAAUGUUUCGGGUCCGGUGACCCUUCCUCAGAAAGAGAAUUAAGAAGGUCAUUGGCCUUCUGUGGUCUGCCAGGUUUAAGUACAACAAUUUUCUCUCUGCUACCUCACACUCACUCCAUCUCUACAACGGCACCAUGUCCCACCAAGGCUCAUGCUCUACAAUUUUCACUGCCUCUCACUCACUUUCACCCUCCUCCACACCAUUAACCUUGCAUGGCCUCUUCACUGCCGAGUCACACACUAGGGACAGCUCACCACUGUGCACACCCACCCGUCCCCCCAACUAACAGCACCAGCCCUAAGAGCUGUGCCACCGAUUUCCCUCUCACUUCUUUCUUCCCUUUUCCUGAUUCUACAAGAAACAGCCCACAAUAUAGCAGAAAGAGCCAAUUGUUACAGGUGAUAUUCUGGGGAGCAGAUCCUGAUGAUAAACAUCCAGAGUGGCCAAUGGACUGAAAGAUCAUAAGAAGUAGGAGCAGGAGUAGGCCAUUCAGCACCUCGUACCUGCUCCACCAUCCAAAAGGAUCACAGAUUAUCCAGCAUUUCUCAUAACUAUGUUCUGCAUCUCUCCUAUAACCUUUGAUGUCACCUACUGAUCAAUAAUCUAUCUAUCUCAGCCUUAAAUAAUAAAAAUAACUCCACCCGCACAGGUGUCUGUGGCAUGGGCUUCCAAAAGCACUGCUGUAUAAUGCAUCAUCUCACACAGCUGUCUGUGGCCUGGACUUCCAAAAAUACUCAAACUUGCCAAAGAAGAAAUUCCUCCUCAGCUCAGUCUUAAAUAGCGCCCCUUUAUUCUGAGACAUAUCCUCUGUCCUAGACUCUCCCGUGAGAGGAAAAAGCCUCUCAGUGUUGCCCUGUCAAGUGCCUUAAGAACCUCAAGUUUUGAUAAGAUCACUUUUCAUCCUCCUAAAUGCCAGUGAGAACAGUCCCAAUCUGUUGAGCCUUUCCUCCAUCCUAGGGAUCAUCCUAACGAACCUCUCUGAAUUGUGUCUAAUGAAGUGAUAUAUUUCCUUAACUAAUACAACGAAAACUGCUUGCAGUACAUCAGAUGUGGUCUGCACCUUGACCAGUUGUAGUAAGAUAUCCAUACUGUUACACUCCAAUCCCCUUGAAAUAAAAUGCAAUACUCAAUCAGCCUUCCUGAUCACCCACUGUGCCUGUAUGCCUUUUUAAAUAUUCACUCAUGGGUCAUGGACAUUACUGGCUGUUUCGUGCACAAGUACUCCAAAGUCCCUCAGUGUUGAUACUUUCUGUAGUUUUUCUAAUUUAAAUCGUGCUCUGAAAUCAAAGUAUCUGGUCUGGUAUCAAAGGCUGUUCUUAACUUGCUUUAUGGUGAAUUCUAACUGAAAGCUGUGCCCUUGACAUGACUGAUGACAGCUCACAACCAUGCAUCGUGCGUUUAUGUCUGUGCUAAAUAGCAAGGCAAGACAGAAGGACUGUGAACCUGGCUAGGGACGGCAAAUUGCAAAAAGGCAGGGAUGCUGUCAACAUUCAGAUUGGCACAAAAUGGGUGAGUGUUAAGAGAGCAAACACCUCUGGGAUGCAGCCUGAUGCAGUACACAGGCAGCAGCAUUUCCAUGUUAGUUGCUGGUGCACCCCAAGUUUUGAAGUGUUCUGUAAAUGAAUCAGAGAGUUGCCAUGAGGGUUCUGAGAGGCUGGAAGGUAUCAGCUGUCAACCAGCUGUUUUUUUUUACAUUGAGAAAGGCCUUGUCUGUCUUUUGCUAUGAAAGCUCUUUCUUUUUAUAUACUGUGGUAAAACCCUAUAGAGAAUUUAUUAGCAUUGACCGUUGUAACAGUUGGUGUGUGUCUUGUCAUAAAUUACUGAAAACAUGUGUCAUUAUGGCUAAACCGUCACUUUACCAUCUGUCUGCUUUUGUUGGAUAAGGGAAGGGAAACAUUAUCUGCCAAACUGUAUGCUAAGUAAUAGUUAUUCUGAAGCUCAGAAGCUUAUGACAAGGAUUGAAUUAAAGCAUUUCAGCAGUUUUGACCCUUCAGAAUUCACUUUCACUUCCAGCAGAAACUGAGUAAAUUCACAGAAUGUAAAACAAUCAUUCACAGCCUCUUGCCUGUGUUAAUUCUUUGGAACUGAAGCCAACAAUCCCUCCUCCCACCACCAAGUACCACAAUUAUUUCAUCAGCAGCAGCAGCUGCACCUGCUUUUUGGUGACAGUUGUACCACAGCAAACCUGGCCAAUGAGAUUCAUAUAGAACCCACAAAUGCCACCCCGGCCUCUGUAACGGAACACCACUGCAGGGUGAGGGAAGCUGCUGUUGUGGAUGUGCAGGCAGUUGCGUCAGGACCUCAAACAAUAGGUAGCAACAGGGUGGGGGGGGGGCACUCUAACUUACUCCCCA